AUGUCCAUCAAAGGCACUGAUUCUGGCCGGCGAAUAUGCCAAGUAAUAGAACUCAAGGCAAAUUCACUCGAAGAGUACAAGAAAAUCCAUGCUCAUGUUUGGCCUUCAGUCCUCGCCACUCUUCAACGAGCCCAUAUCGUUGAUUAUUCCAUACAUUUCCUCCCAACGCCACCUUACCUUCCUAAUGGUGAAAGGGAAGGGGUCGAUGCAAUUGCUGGUCUUCUGAUUGCGACGUUUAAAUACGUCGGAGACAACUUUGAUGAAGAUAUGAAGAUGGUGGCAGGGGAUGCUGACACACGGCGGUGGUGGGGCAUUACAGAUAGGAUGCAGAAUAGCGUCAUCGGUGGCGCGACUGGGAGCAGGGACGGACCAUGGUGGUUCGAUUGCGACGAAGUGUUCAGGUUUGAAGGGUGA